UGCUCCCGCUCCUUAUCUCGCAAGAUAAACACCCGAACAAUCCAGUCAAGCCAUGGCCGCUGCACCAUCAUCUGCACGCAUUCCCACCAUCAUCAUCCUCCUACUCCUAGCACUCCCGGCCAUCUCUUCUUCUUCCUCCAGCCCAGCCAACGGCAGCGACACAGACCUCGCCGCGCUGCUGGCUUUCAAAUCCCAGCUCACCGACCCUCGUCGCGUCCUUGCACGCAACUGGACCGGCACGGCUUUCUGCCACUGGAUAGGCGUCUCGUGCAGCCUUCGCCGGCAGCGCGUCACAGCUCUAACGUUGGUAGACACGCCGCUUUCUGGACCUAUUGCUCCCCACCUUGGUAACCUCUCUUUCCUCUCUGUUCUUAAUCUCACCGGCACCAACCUUACGGGUUCCAUCCCUCCUGAGCUUGGUAGGCUAUGCCGACUUAGAUAUCUUCGUCUUCAAGAAAAUAGCCUGUCGGAUGCAAUUCCUAAUGCCAUAGGAAAACUCACAAGGCUUGAGUUCCUUAGUCUAAGUUCUAACCAACUCACGGGUCAGAUCCCCCCUGGAAUGAUAAUUCGUCUGCACAAACUUGAGACCAUUUCUCUGACCGAAAAUGCCUUGUGCGGUCAGAUACCACCCCAUCUAUUCAAUAACACGCCUUCCUUGAAAUACAUCUACUUUUAUGACAACAGACUCUCUGGCCAGAUCCCUCCUGAGAUGCUACUAGGUUCAAAAAGCCUUAGAGAAAUUGACCUGGGUCGAAAUGCUUUGACUGGCCAAAUACCACCCCAUCUUUUCAAUAACACGCCUUCCUUAAGGACCAUCUACUUUGACGAGAACAGUCUCUCGGGCCAGAUUCCGGUUGAGAUGUUGCUUCAUGUGCACAACCUGGAGGAAUUUGGCCUGAGCAAUAAUUACUUGAGCGGGCAUAUACCACCCUAUUUGUUCAAUAGCACGCCGGCCUUGUCGUUCAUCAACAUUGGAAUUAAUAACCUAUCGGGUCCUAUACCACACGGCAUUGCCUCCCUAUCCAAACUUAAAUUCUUGCAAUUGUACAACAACCAGUUCUCCGGGCUAGUGCCAAAAGCCAUAUACAACAUGUCCACGAUACAGUUAAUGCUAUUAAACAACAACAACCUUACAGGGGCGAUCCCAGACAACAAUAGUUUUAGCCUCGCCAUGCUGCAAACUCUUGACCUCUCCGAAAACAAACUUAGUGGCCGGAUUCCAUUUGGCCUUGCAUCAUGUCAAUACCUAGAAGAUCUGAUUCUGCGUGACAAUUAUUUUUUGGGUGUUUUACCAUCGUGGUUAGCUAGAUUGCCAUACCUUCAACAACUUACUGUGGCUGAAAACAAUCUUGUUGGUUUGAUCCCAGCAGCACUUGGCAAUCUCACUGCCCUUAAUUUCCUAGAGCUCUUUGGCUGCUACUUUAAAGGAGACAUUCCAUCGGAAUUAGGGCUGCUGCAGAAACUCUCCUACCUACAUAUUGGGUUUAAUCAACUUACUGGUGCAGUUCCAGCUUCCCUUGGGAAUUUAUCCCAGUUGUCUCACCUAUAUUUGCACGUAAAUAAUUUAUCAGGCUCAGUACCGCCAGCAAUUGGGAACAUGGUCGCUUUGGAAGAACUUACCAUGCAAAACAACAAUUUAGAGGGACAUAUGGAAUUCUUGUCAGCUCUUUCUAGUUGUAGAAACCUACAGCUACUUAACAUAGGGGUUAAUUCUUUUAUUGGUGUUCUUCCUGACCACAUUGGAAACCUCUCUUCACAAUUAACCACCUUCACUGCGGGUUACAACAAGUUAAUAGGAGCGAUUCCAACAACAAUUUCUAAUAUAAGCAGCCUUGAAUGGAUUGAUAUUUCUAACAACCAACUCGUUGGCCCAAUCCCAGAAUCCAUCGCUGCGUUGAAAUAUCUCAUGUGGCUUGACCUCUCUAGCAAUGACAUGCUUGGCACCAUCCCAACAGAAAUGGGUAUGCUUUCGAGUAUACAGCGGUUUUUUCUCCAAAUAAAUAAAUUUUCUGGCUCUAUACCAAGAAGCUUGGGUAAUCUUAGUAAGUUGGAGAAAAUGGACCUAUCCAAUAACCAGUUAAGUUCUACAAUACCGACUAGAUUAUUCCGCCUUGAUAAACUUAUUGAACUCAAUCUUUCAUACAACUUUCUCGUUGGUGCACUACCGGAGGAUGUUUCUGGGAUAAUACAAACAUACAAAAUUGACUUUUCUUCUAACUUCCUCAUAGGAAGCAUCCCAGAAUCAAUGGGGCAGCUUAAGAUGCUAACGUACCUAAAUCUGUCACAUAACUUGUUUGGAGGCUCUAUACUAGACUCACUUCAAAAGCUAACUAGCUUAGCAUCCUUAGACCUCUCCUCCAACAACCUCUCUGGUGCCAUUCCAAUGUACCUUGCAAACUUAACCGACUUGACUGCCAUGAACCUUUCGUUCAACAGGUUGGCAGGCCAAAUUCCAGAGGGGGGUGUUUUCUCAAACAUCACAUUGCAAUCUUUGAUUGGGAAUGCUGGGCUGUGUGGAGCUCCACGCCUAGGAUUUUUGCCAUGUCUUGAAAAACCUCGUUCAAAUAAUAUAAACCGGACAAAAUUUCUACUCCUUGCUUCCAUGGUAGCUUCUGGCAUUAUUGCUAUUUGCUUAUGGCUAUGGAUCAGAAAGAAACAUAAGCAUCAGGAUGAGGUCAAAACUUUCAGUGAUCCAAUAGAUAGCAUAGGCCACCAGAUAGUCUCCUAUCAAGAGCUCGUUCGGGCCACAAACAAUUUUAGUGAGGACAAUUUGUUGGGACGUGGAUGCUUUGGGAAAGUCUUCAAGGGAGUAGUGAGUGGUUCGGUUGUUGCGAUAAAAGUUCUUGAUAUGCAGCUGGAGCAGGCCAAAAGAAGCUUUGAUGUUGAGUGUCAUGUGCUUCGCAUGGCGCGGCACCGCAACCUUAUACGGAUAAUCAACACAUGUUCCAACCUAGACUUCAGAGCACUCGUUCUUCAGUACAUGCCAAAUGGAAGUUUAGAGAUGCUACUGCACCAGUGUGAGAGUACAAUGCCUUUGGGUUUCCUUGAGCGGAUAGACAUUUUGCUCGAUGUGUCGAUGGCAAUGGAGUACCUGCACUUUGAGCACUAUGAGGUGAUACUGCACUGCGACUUGAAGCCCAGCAAUGUGUUGUUUGAUCAGGGCAUGAUAGGUCAUGUCGCCGACUUCGGGAUUGCAAGGUUGCUUCUAGGUGAUGACGAUUCCAUGAUAUGUGCGAGUAUGGCUGGAACAGUUGGUUACAUGGCACCAGAGUAUGGGUCUUUUGGAAAGGCAUCACGAAAGAGCGAUGUGUUUAGCUACGGGAUCAUGCUCCUUGAAGUCUUCACCAGAAAAAGACCCACUGAUGCUAUAUUCGGUCAAGAACUGACCCUUAGGCAGUGGGUUCACGGUGCAUUUCCUAUAGAGCUUGUCAGUGUUGUUGACACCCAGCUACUUCAAGGCUCCUCUUCUUCUAGUUCCAUCCUUGUUGAAGGAUUUCUCGUACCGAUAUUCGAUUUGGGUUUGCUCUGCUCUAGCGACUCCCCUAACAAGAGAAUUACGAUGAGAGAUGUGGUGGUGAGGUUGAAGAAGAUCAAAGUAGAGUACACCAAACAAGCAGCAGCAAUGACAUCACGUAGUAGUGCAGCGUAGGACUUCAUCUCUAGCUACGACUCUUCCUCUUCCUAUGUUGGUGUUGUUUCCAUGGGCUGCUUGACAAUACUCCAGAUGAUAUCCGACGGGGAGGAAGACGUCGAGAGGCCUGUUCCAAUGGAAGCAUAAAUCUGAUGCAUGUUGGAUAUAAGUAACAGGCUCUCUGUUUUUUUCAGUAUUAGUUAAUAUGCAUGUUUCAUUACUUUUAGCAAUGUAAUAAAGUAUGAUGCCAUAAAGCAUACAACCUCAUGUUACCUUUCAAUAUAUAAGCUAUGAAUGAACCCUUCUGUCA